AAAUCGUGCAUCGCAUGGGUUUAAUCCAGUAAUUAUACGUAAUUAACUAAUAUUUGAGAACGCUUGACUAUCGGCGCAAUGCGCGCGAUAGGACUGCUAGUCAUCUAAAAGCUGCCCCUCUCCCUUCUCUUUCUCUCUCCUCUCUUCGGUCUCCUUCCUCUUCUACCCCCUCUCUCUCCUCAAAACACCACCACGCACCACGCCACCGCGCACCGCACUGUUUUACAAUCCAGCCAUCACAUAUCACGCUUCGCCACCUCCGAGUCACCAUUUAGCCACCGCAGAAGCCAACCGUCGCCCCAAGCAAAACGCACAUUAAAAAGUCAAGGUUUUCAUCAGGAAGAUAAUUUAUUUUGGAUGAGUGGAGUCUAUAAAUAAAGCAAUGAAUAACCGCUCAGAGCUUGGUAGACCCACCUCAGGUAAAAGAAGGCUUAAGGAUCUACUGCUUCAAAAGGAUAACCGCUGUUGUGCUGAUUGCAGUGCGCCAGAUCCUAAAUGGGCAUCUGCAAAUAUCGGAGUUUUUAUAUGCUUAAAAUGUUGUGGUGUGCAUAGAAGCCUUGGAACUCAUAUAUCAAAGGUUUUAUCUGUGACAUUAGAUGAGUGGUGUGAUGAAGACAUUGAUGCGAUGGUUGAGGUUGGCGGAAAUUCUGCAGCUAAUGCAAUAUAUGAGGCUUUUAUUCCAGAUGGAUUCUCAAAACCUGGACCUGAUGCAAGUCAUGAUGAUCGUAUGAGAUUCAUCAGAUCUAAGUAUGAGCUUCAGGAAUUCUUGAAACCUAGCUUGCGAAUUCUUUCAAUGUCUUCUGCAAAGACCUCGCUUCAGCCAAGCUUUUCCAAGAAGCUAAUGAGUAGUUUCCGAAGUUCACAAUCAUCAAAAGUAUCGGAAAGCUAUGAAGGAAUGGUAGAAUUUAUUGGAAUAUUGAAGGUUAAAGUAGUAAAAGGGACAAAUUUGGCCGUCAGAGACAUGUUAUCUAGUGAUCCUUAUGUUGUCCUUAAUCUAGGGCAGCAGGCAACUACCAUAUGUAUCCUUACUCUUUGUUAUUGGAAGGUGGACCCUUAUUAUUCUUUAAUUUGCUUAGCUGUACAAACAUCUGUUGUAAAGAGCAAUCUGAAUCCAAUUUGGAAGGAGGAACUUAUGCUUUCUGUACCUCAACGAUACGGAUCUGUAAAAUUGAAAGUUUUCGAUCAUGACACAUUCUCAGCUGAUGACAUCAUGGGUGAAGCUGAGAUCGAUAUCCAGCCGUUGAUAACCUCGGCGAUGGCUUAUGGAGACCCAGGAAUGUUUGGUAACAUGCAGAUUGGGAAAUGGUUGAAAUCACAUGAUAAUGCCCUUGUAGAAGACAGCAUUAUUAACAUUGAUGAUGGUAAAGUUAAACAGGAGAUGCAAUUGAAGCUCCAGAACGUCGAAUCUGGAGAGCUAGAAUUAGAAGUGGAGUGGAUGCCUCUUGAGCAAUAAUCAGUUAAUAUUAAACCCCAGAAUGUAAAUGAUUGGGGAAAAGAAAAA